AUGGUUAGGACCAAAGGAUUAGGUCGUGCCUUAGGUCACGUUACUGGCAGAGGUGUGGGCAGAGGAGAUCGUGAUGAUUCCGAUGAUGCUCCACAGUGUCAAUGGCCUACCGCUUCCGCACAGAGGCAGCGAGUACCUGUGACUACGGCGCACGAUGAGCCAGUGCUCCCUGCGCCAGAUGUAGAAGUUGACGUAUUUCUGGAUGUCCUGAUGGCACCAGCUGAUGUAGAGGACACUGGGGCAGACAUUCCUGCAGACACAGGUGCGCAGGCUGCUGAGGAUGAGCAUGAGGGAUUUCUGGGUGGUCCAAGCGACCCAUCCAUGCUGACCCAGUAUGCGGAUCAUGUUGCUUGUAGCAUAUGGACGGGAGAGGAGUGUCCUGAGUUGAAGUUAUCCUCUCACGGGAGGAAGGUUCAUAGUUUAGGCAGGCCUGUCCCUACCAUUGAGGGACUAGUUGCUGGGACAGGACUAAGUCCUCUGAUCGCGUGUUCGGUAGACACCGGCAAUCGGGGACUGUUGUCCUCGUUUGUCGAGUGGUGGCACCGGGAGACGCCUAGUUUCCAUCUCCCUGUGGGAGAACUCACGAUCACGUUGGACGACAUCUCCUCGAUUCUACAUCUGCCCUUGGUUGGCGACUUGCAUGCCUUUCAGCCCUUGCACAUGGAUGAUGUGGUUCAGAUGCUGGUGGACUUAUUGAUGGUCUCUGCAGAGGCUGCCAGGGCAGAGACAGGGCAGUGUCGUGGACCGUACGUAUGCUUGCAAUGGUGCUGGAUUUACGAGCACUUUCCCUCAGUCACGGAGUCCAUUGCUGAUCAAGACUACGAUGAGGAUUCCCCGCAUGCAUAUGUUUGUUGGAUCCCGUAUGGGGAGCACCGAUCGGUUCGGGACUUCCAUUUGAUUUCAUGUUAUUUCGGUCUCCUGCGUUGGGGGCCUGUUGUUGUUUAUUACCGACCAGAGAGGGUCGUGCGGCAAUUUGGAUACACACAGACCAUUCCUGCUCCGCCUGUCGAUUCAUGGGUGUCGUAUGAUGAUAUACACGACAAGUGGAUGCACUACUCGGAUCAUAUCAUUCCAGCAGGUGAGGUGUGCACUGUGCCAGGUCAGUGUGCCAGUAACUACAUGGACUGGUUCUUCCGCAUCUCGCAUCCUUUCAUGACACCAGGCCACGCAUCAGAUCCUCUGUAG